GCUUCCUGCGCCUCACAUGUACACAGCGUUAUCUCCUGCACACACACACACACACACACACACACACACUCACGUUAUGGACUCCUCUAAGAGUCGCGGCGCUCUUCAAGACAGUACAUCGGAAAACAACAACAACAACAACGACGGCGACGAGGAGAAGGACGAGCUGUGUCCCGGGUUCCAAGACGUGGACGCCUUCGUCAAAUAUGGAUUGGGCGCUGUACUGUCGGCCACCAAGGCGUCCGGCGCGUUGCCUCAAGUUGGAGAUGAGUAUGAUUUCUACCGGAGCUUCCCCGGCUUCCAGGAGUUCUGCCAGAGUCAAGGAGACCAGCUCCUGCACUGCAUGAGUCAGAUAAUGCAGUACCACGGCUGCAGAUCUCUCAUGAGAGACCGGAACAAGCUGACGGGGCUGGAGGAGAGAUUUGACUUGGUUGUGGACUCAAAUGAUGCCAUCCUGGAACGAGCGGGGAUCCUCCUUGAUGAAGCCGAUGGGGUGAACAGGAGCCAGCAGCCUGUCAUGCCUGCAGGGUUUCAGCCUCCCAAGAUUGUCGUUUCCAGCUGGAAUCGCAAGAGUUCAGGCUCUGGCAGCCGCGCCGAGACAUUCCGACUGCUCCACGCCAAGAACAUCGCAAGGCCUCAACUGAAAUUCAGGGAAAAAGUGGACAACAGCAACACACCUUUUAUUCCCAAGAUCUUCAUCAAGCCCAACGCAGUCAAGCCCCUCCCCUCUUAUUUUACAAGCAAGCAAAUCUGUAAAGAGAGACCUGAGGAUCUUGAUGUCCCGGCUGCCCUGGCUGACUUCAUUCACCAGCAAAGAACUCAGAAACCUGUUGAAGACAUGUUUGCACACCCAUACCAAUAUGAAUUGGAUCAUCUUACGACACCAGAAAGCCUUCUGUCUAAGCCAGAACCACAGAUGUACAAACCAAUAGCUGAGACCAAUUGUUCCUUCAUCGAUUCCCUGGAGGAUCUGGUGGCUCUGAAUGAGAAGCUGUGCAGCUUGUCUGAAUUUGCAGUUGACCUUGAGCACCAUUCCUACCGGAGUUUCCUCGGCCUCACUAGCCUGAUGCAGAUCUCCACCAGGGAGGAGGAUUUCAUCAUCGACACCUUGGAGCUCCGUAGUGAGAUGUACAUCCUGAACGAAGCUUUCACUGACCCGUCUAUUGUCAAGGUGUUUCACGGCGCCGACUCCGACAUCGAGUGGCUCCAGAGAGACUUUGGCUUGUAUGUAGUCAACCUUUUCGACACGCAUCAGGCCAGCCGAGCUUUGAACCUGGCCAGACAUUCCCUCGACCACCUGCUCAAACACUUCUGCACGGUGGACUCGGACAAACGCUACCAGCUGGCCGACUGGAGGAUUCGCCCCUUGCCGGAUGAGAUGGUUCAGUAUGCCCGGACAGACACACACUAUCUCCUUUACAUCUACGACUGUGUGAAGACACAGCUCUUGGAAACUAACCACGGGCAGCCUGGCCUGCUGCAGAGCGUCUGGAACAAGAGCAAGGACAUUUCCUUGAAGAAAUAUGUGAAGCCUAUAUUCACAGAGGAGUCAUAUUUGGAGCUGCAGAGGAAGCAGAAAAGGUCUUUAAACACCCAGCAGCACACUGCCUUCAGACUGCUGUUCGCCUGGAGGAACAAGCUGGCCAGGCAGGAAGAUGAAAGCACCGGAUACGUCCUGCCCACCCAUAUGAUGAUCAAGAUAUCUGAAGAGCUGCCCAGAGAGCCUCAGGGCAUCAUCGCCUGCUGUAACCCUGUGCCCCCACUGGUGAGGCAGCAGAUCAAUGAGCUCCAUUCGUUGGUGCAGCAAGCAAGAGAAAUGCCCCUCCUUAAGGCUGAGAUUGCAGCUCAAAAGACGAAGGGACUCACACCCAUAAAAAAGCCAGAGGUCACAUUGUUUGGACCUCAUGAUACCUCCAGGGUCUCAGAAAGUGAUCUCCCCCACUUUUCUCCUGAUGAACUACCAGUCAAACAGGGGGUGCUCUUCUCAGAGGACGAGCACAAAAUGGAUGUGGAUGAUGAGAAAAAAAGUGGUCUCCUGGCACAGGCUAAAAUCACUCUGUUUCAGGAGCCGGAAACAAAGAACGACCAAGAGUCCCUUUCUGUUGCUCACAUGAAAGCCAGACGGAUCAUUGAGGCUUUUGAAAACCCUUUCAGAAUGUAUUUACCCACCAGUGAUGUGCACGUCAACGAGAAUGCCAAGUUUGACCCGUCUUCAAAAAUAUUUGAGAUUAGUAAAAGAUGGAAACUGCAGAGUAUUGAACAGCAACAGAAGGAGUUAGAGGCCAAGAGGAAAGCCAAGGCAGAUGCAAAGGAACAGACAAAGAAAGUGGCAGAGGAAAGAAACAAGGCAAAACAGAGCUACCAGGAGUCUCUGCAGGAUGUCGCCACUGUUCGCCAGCAAGCAGCGGAGUCUGCAAAAGGUGGCGGCAAGAAAAGAGAGCGGGUCGCCAGUGAGGUUGGAGAGUCGACUCCCAAACCGACCAAGAAACUGAUAAAAUCUGCAGAGAAGCCCCAGAAGACAGAACCGCCUCCUCAAGACAGCUUCACACCUUUCGACUACAGUCAGUCAGACCUCAAAGUCUUUGCCGAUCCCAAAUCAAAGGACAACACACAGUUUGAUCCAAACCGGCAAGCCCAUGAUCCUAAGAAAAAGAAAAAUCCCAAGGGACAAAAAUCAAAUUCUGCAGCUGGAAACCGAAGUAUGUCUUACAUGGCUGGGAAAUCUGAAAGAGGAUUCCGGCAUAACUGGCCCAAAAGAUAGACUUGAAUGUUAUUUUCUGUUUUAUUUUAAUCUUUUUUUUUGCCUUCCUGCAAUAAAAUUCAGUAUUUCAAUAUUUAAUGAAUUUAUAUUGCUUUCCAUCUGUGGAAAUAGAGUAUCAACAGUGUAUCCUGUAAAUAUGUGGAAACACGCGGCUCUUCAUUAAAGAUGAUUUUAGAGGGAAAAAAAA